AUGAUCACUAACCAAAGAAGAACACUCGCAGUAAUACUAUCCCUCCUAUGUAUGCUUUCCCUCGCUUCAGCAAGUCCAACUGGUAUUGCCAAGAUAGACGACGUUAUCCAAUGGUUCGUGUCAUUCUGGGAAGUCCGGUCAACUAUUGAAAAAGUCUUCCUGUUUUGGGGUGGUCUCAUGUUGUUUGGUGGACUCACUGGUUUGGAUGGAGGCAAACAUGAGGUUUACGAUAUGGUGGUUCUGGACUCGGCAUCGCACGAAGACAAUCCCAGAGUCUUCUUUGAUAUCAAAAUUGGAGAAAAGAAAAUCGGUCGCAUCACUAUGGAACUCUACGAGAAUAUUGUACCCAAAACAGCCGAGAACUUUAGGGCCUUGUGCACUGGCGAAAAGGGUGUAGGAGAAAGUGGUGCCAAGUUGCAUUACAAGGAUUCCAUUUUUCAUCGCGUGAUUCCAGGCUUUAUGUGCCAAGGCGGAGACUUUACAAACGCGAAUGGAACUGGAGGAGAGUCCAUCUAUGGCAAGAAAUUUGAAGACGAAUGGGGAGAACCACCAAAGUUCAUCCCUCACGAAGUACCUGGUAUGCUCUCAAUGGACAAUUCUGGAAAGAAUACUAACGGGAGCCAGUUCUUCUUGACGACGGCUGCCACGAAAUGGCUCAAUUGCAAACACGUAGUCUUUGGACGGGUCAUUGAUGGUAUGGACAUUGUUAAGGUCAUUGAAGAAGUCGGCUCCAAAUCCGGCGCUACAAACCAACGAGUUCUAAUUGCGGACUGUGGAGAACUCACCAAGAAAUCGAAGACCAACUAA